GUGCAGAAAAGUCAUAUCUCUCUCCUCACCGGUGUUGUGUAGUAAUAAUGUCGUUAGAACAAGUCCUUAAUGCCCUCGACACUGCGAGAACCCAAUGCUACCACUAUAAAGCAAUCAUAAUUGCAGGAAUGGGAUUGUUCACCGACGCCUACGAUCUGUUCUGCAUCCCUCCCAUCAUGAGACUCAUUGGUCGAGUCUACUACGACGACGUUGACGAUCCCAAAAAGCGUUACCAGGUCCCCAUCGCCAUCACCUCCGCCAUGGUCGCCAUUGCUCUCUUAGGGGCGGUGAUCGGCCAGCUCGUCUUCGGACACCUCGGCGAUCGUAUGGGCCGACGUCGAGUAUACGGCAUCACACUCAUGCUCAUGGUGCUCAGCUCUAUUGGUUGCGGAUUCUCUAUCUGCACGUCCCCCAUCUGUGUGUUGACGAGUCUGGGUUUUUUUAGGUUCUUGCUUGGUGUGGGAAUUGGAGGGGAUUAUCCUCUGUCGGCGACUAUCAUGUCGGAGUUUGCUAAUAGGAGGACGCGUGGCGGUUUCAUAGCUGCCGUUUUCUCGAUGCAGGGAUUCGGGAUUUUGGCGAGUUCCGCGGUGACCAUGGCGAUUUGCGCCAUAUUUGACGCGGCGUCGCAUUCUUCUUAUGAGAAGACGCCCAAGGACGCGGACUGGGCGUGGCGGCUCAUUCUCCUGAUCGGUUCCAUUCCGGCCGGUUUGACUUUUUACUGGCGCAUGAAGAUGCCUGAAACUGCAAGAUACACGGCUUUGGUAGAGCAUAAUGUCCUACAAGCAGUCAACGAUGCGCGAAAUGUGCUAGACCUUCCCCUAAGGAAUGAGGAGUUACCACCUUAUCCUCCUCCACUUGAUUACCCAUUUUUUUCCAGAGCAUUCUUUCGCCGCCAUGGCCGCGAUCUCUUCUCCUCCGCCGUUUCAUGGUUUCUGGUUGAUGUUGUCUUUUACAGUACUACCUUAGUUCUGUCUCAAUUAAAUGACCAAUAUCUCCCUAAAAAGGAGAACAUGAAUGCGUACCAAGACGCCUAUAAUGUUGCAAGAUUCCAAGCACUGUUGGCAAUUUGCUCGACAAUCCCAGGAUAUUUUGCCACUGUCUUAUUCAUCGAUCACAUUGGCAGAGUCAAAAUCCAGAUUAUGGGCUUCUUCUUUAUGGCUAUUGCCUUGUUUGCCAUGGGGAUACCAUACUUUUCUUACUGGUAUGACCACUCAGAUAGAGGAUUUCUAUUUCUAUAUGGCUUUACAUUUUUUUUCUCAAAUUUUGGACCAAACACGACUACUUUUAUAGUUCCUGCGGAGCUUUUUCCAGCAAGAUUUCGAUCAACAUGCCAUGGAAUUUCGGGGGCUUUUGGAAAGAUUGGAGCAAUUGUUGGGUCUAUUGGGUUCUAUUGGGCUUCUCAGCAAAACGAAGAGAAUGAUCAUUCUAAUGCGAACCGAAUAACAGCUGGAUUGGUGAUACUUGGAGGAGCCUGCAUUGUGGGAGUGAUCACGACUCGCUUGUUUACGCAUGAGACAAUGGGGAGAUCAUUGGAUGACAAUGAGAACGAUGACGUAGCCUAAGAGCUUUGUCUCGUGAGGUGUUCUAUGAAUUCUUGCAUGGGGCGUAGGUGUAAUUCUUAAUGAAGUUGAUGCUGCAUGAACAAAAGCUAGACACAUGGAAACUUAUUUGGCUACAAAAAUGAUUAAGAUAUUUUGAAAUACCAAUUUUUCUACCAAACGUAUAUAAGUGCGGUUCACAUGGGAGUGUGGCACACCCAUUUGUGUAGUUAAUAAAAAAAAAAAUAAUUGGCGAAAUUUAUUCACAAGUCCUAUCCUAGAAAAAUAAGUUGUUUAAUAUUUCAUGAAUUUUCUUGUAGAUUAUUAACUUCGAUUGAAUUUGAAAAUGCAGAGUGUGAAAUCCUUUCACCAUAUGCUUUGGAGAUUCCAAAUGU